UACACGCUCCGGAGGCUGGUCCGCCCUCCUAACUCUACGUGAAUCGGAUUCCUGGCCUGCCUUUCCCACAAUUGUCUGCCCAACAUGGCUGAACAGACUUACUACAUCGACGAGGACACCGGAGAGGACAGUUCGCUCCAGAACGGCACCGACGAUCUUCCCUAUAAAUCACUUGCUUAUGCGGUUUACGUUCAUGGCGGGUCAGCCAAAUUCCUCACUCGCAAGAGUCUAACAGGAGAGAUUCCAGAGGGCGCGGAGGCCAGCGCGCGGUUAGAGUGGAAGCCCGCUCCAAAGAGUGCACUCAAGAAGGCCGUCAACAUGGCGGCCGCAAGGAAGAAGAAGGAAGAGAAGGAACAGCAACAGUUGGAGAUGCGGUUAAAGGCGGACGCCGACCGGAAAAAGGUGCUCGACGAGGCGAAGAAAAUCGUUCUCACGGAAGACAAGUCGCUCCCGACCCCCAUCAGGAUCAAGCUCGACGAUACAGACCCAGAAAAGAUACAAUUGGGCGAUGGGGCUGAGAAGAAGGGUACCAGAGUCCGUGUCUUUGGACGCGUACACAGAGAGCGGAGGCAAAAGGAGGUUAUGUUCGUUACGUUAAGGGACGGCUACGGUUUCAUGCAGGUCAUCCUUCAAGGUGACCUUGCGAAGACAUACGAUGCUCUUACUCUCACACGCGAGACGAGCAUGGAGAUCCUAGGAGAGUUGAGGGAGGUUCCAGCAGGCGCACAUGCCCCCAACAACAGGGAACUGCACGCGGAUUACUAUGUUAUCCAUGCAGGAGGGAAGGCCGCCGGCGGUGAUGAUGCUAUUACCAACAGGGUCUCCAAGGACACGGAGCACGCGACCCUCCUAGAUUUGCGACAUCUUACCCUCCGAGGAGAGAACGCUUCCAAGGUCAUGAUUGUGCGAGACGCCGUCGAAUUCGCCUUCAACACCGUCUACAAGGAGCUCCGCAUGCGCAAAGUCAGCCCUCCCGCUCUUGUCCAGACCCAGGUCGAAGGCGGCGCCACGCUCUUCAAGUUCCAAUACUACACUGAAGAGGCCUAUCUUACCCAGUCCUCUCAACUCUACCUCGAGACCUGCCUGCCCUCGAUGGGAGACGUCUACUGCAUUGAGAAAUCGUUCCGCGCCGAGAAGUCCCUCACCCGCCGCCACCUCAGCGAAUACUCCCACAUCGAGGCCGAACUCGACUUCAUCACCUUUGACGAUCUGCUCAACCACCUCGAGCACGUCAUGUGCCGGGUGCUCGAAGUCACCAUGUCCGACCCCACGAUAAAGCAAUACAUUCUGGACCUCAACCCGGAAUUCCAGAUGCCCGAGCGCCCCUUCAAACGCAUGAAGUACUCGGAAGCCAUCGACUGGCUCGUCGAGCAUAACAUCCCCAACGAAGAAGGCCACCCGCACAAAUUCGGCGACGACAUCGCCGAGGCCGCCGAGCGCCGCAUGACUGACAUCAUCAACCGCCCCAUCUUCCUCACCCACUUCCCCACCGAGAUCAAGGCCUUCUACAUGCAGCGCGACCCGCAGGACCCGCGCGUCACCGAGAGCGUCGACUGCCUCAUGCCCGGCGUGGGCGAGAUCGUAGGCGGAAGUAUGAGGAUGUACGAUUACGAGGAGUUGAUGGCGGCAUUUGCCAGGGAGGGGAUUGAUCCGAAGCCGUAUUAUUGGUAUACCGAUCAGAGGAAAUAUGGUAGCUCUCCCCAUGGUGGCUACGGUCUCGGUCUCGAGCGUUUCCUCGCGUGGUUGUGCAAGCAGCAUACGGUGAGGGAUUGCUGCUUGUACCCCAGGUACUUUGGUCGCUGCAAGCCUUGAGUGGAAGUGUCGACUUCAUCUUUGGGAGUCUAGAUAGGUUCACGCUGUUAGGGGCGGAGUUGCUAUAGACGUUGUCUAUUUCCUCCUUUCGUCUCCGGAGGAAUUCCUUGGUGUUGAGGACUGAGGCGAGCGUGUGAGGAGGAUGGAUUGAAGACGCGGAUACGAAGGUGGUAUGACUUGGAGAGAUAUCAAGCGGAAGAAGCCGUAGCAGCGUGUAGUGGCAAUACCAAUAGACAUGACUGUCAAAAGCACGCACAGCCUUGAUCCCCUCUCAACGUGGUUUCUCUUUCCCUCC